AUGGAUCUCAAAACCUCAUAUAGAGGCGUUUCACUGAACCCAAUUUAUGCAGGAAGCAGUGCUGUUGCCACUGUUUCAGAAGAUGGUAAAAUACUAGCUACGCCAAUCUUGGAUGAAAUUAACAUAAUCGACUUGACCCUAGGUUGCAGAAAAAUUUUACACAAGAUUUCUAACGAAGAUGAGCAGGAGAUAACUGCGUUGCGGCUAACACCAGAUGGGCAAUACCUUGCUUACGUUUCUCAAGCCCAACUACUAAAGAUCUUUCAACUAAAGACUGGAAGAAUUGUCAGAUCUUUGAAAAUAUCCUCCCCAUCAUACAUCCUCGACACAGAUCCCACCUCGACACUUCUGGCAGUUGGUGGGACAGACGGCAGUAUAGUUAUUGUGGAUAUUGAAAAUGGUUACAUCACUCAUUCGCUCAAAGGUCAUGGUGGCACUAUAUCUAGCUUGAAGUUUUAUGGGCAGUUGGAUAGUGAAACAUGGUUAUUAGCGUCUGGUGAUACCAAUGGGAUGGUUAAAGUUUGGGAUCUGGUUAAAAGAAAAUGCUUACUCACAUUACAAGAGCAUUCUUCUGCCGUGAGAGGAUUGGACAUUAUUGAAGGAGAAAGUGGUGAUGGUUCAAGCCUGAAACUACUUUCCGGUGGCAGAGAUGACAUUGUCAAUGUUUGGGAUUUUGAUAUGAAGAAAAAGUGUAAAUUAGUAAAGACCCUUCCAGUGAAUCAACAGGUAGAAUCAUGCGGUUUUCUGAAAAAUCAUGAUGGCAAACGCAUAAUCUAUACAGCUGGUGGCGAUGCAAUCUUCCAGUUAAUCGACCUUGAAUCUGGUACUGUGUUAAAGAGAACUAAUAAACCUAUAGAGGAAUUAUUCAUCAUCGGCGUGCUUCCAAUAAUGAACGAUUCUGAGAUGUUUUUGGUAAUGUCUGAUCAAACGUUACAACUAAUAAAUAUUGAAGAAGUUCUAGAGAAUGAGAACGAUACGAUAAAUGCUAGAUCGACCAUUGCUGGUAACAAUGGUAUUAUUGCUGAUAUGAGAUUUGUCGGUCCAGAGCUAAACAAAUUGGCGUUGGCUACCAAUUCCCCAUCGCUAAGAAUAAUACCGAUCCCUGAUUUAUCAGGCGCCGAUGCUUCAUUGCCUUUAGAUGUUGAGAUUUAUGAGGGACAUGAAGAUCUACUAAACUCAUUAGAUGCUACCGAGGAUGGACUAUGGAUCGCAACUGCAUCUAAAGAUAAUACGGCAAUUCUUUGGAAAUAUAAUGAGCGCACCAGUAAAUUUGACAUUUAUGCCAAAUACAUUGGUCAUUCAUCUGCCGUAACGGCAGUUGGAUUGCCAAAUGUAAUGCCAAAGGGAUACCCAGAGUUUUUAUUGACUGCGUCCAAUGAUUUAACCAUUAAAAAGUGGAAAGUUCCAAAGCCAACUUCUAUUAUGGAUGUGCAAAUUAUCAAGGUAUCUGAAUAUACUCGUCAUGCCCAUGAAAAGGACAUUAAUGCAUUGUCAGUCUCUCCUAACGAUUCUAUUUUUGCAACAGCUUCAUAUGACAAGACCUGUAAAAUUUGGAGCCUGGAAAAUGGUGAAUUGGAAGCCACGUUGGCUAAUCACAAACGUGGGCUUUGGGAUGUAUCAUUUUGUCAGUAUGACAAAUUAUUAGCAACCUCCUCUGGUGACAAAACUGUCAAGAUAUGGUCAUUAGAUACAUUCAGUGUUAUGAAGACGCUAGAAGGUCAUUCUAAUGCCGUUCAAAGAUGUUCCUUUAUUAAUAAACAGAAGCAGCUGGUGAGUUGUGGUGCCGACGGCCUAAUAAAAAUAUGGGAUUGCUCUAGCGGUGAGUGCCUAAACACCUUGGAUGGUCAUAACAACAGGUUAUGGGCUCUGAAUACCAUGAAUGACGGUGACAUGAUCGUGAGCGCUGAUGCAGAUGGUGUCUUCCAAUUUUGGAAAGAUUGUUCCGAACAAGAAAAGGAAGAGGAGCUAGAAAAGGCCAAAGUACAAGUCGAACAGGAGCAAUCGCUUCAAAAUUAUAUAAGUCAGGGUGAUUGGACGAAUGCGUUUUUAUUGGCAUUGACUUUAGAUCACCCAAUGAGGCUGUUCAAUGUUUUGAAGAAAUCACUGGGAGAGCUAAGGUCCAGGCAGGACAUUGAAGAAGGAGAGUCUAAAAUACUUUUUAACGAGGAAUUAGACCGUGCAAUUUCCACCUUAAAUAACGAACAAUUGAUGUUGCUAAUGAAAAGAUGCAGAGAUUGGAAUACAAAUGCUAAAACACACACCAUAGCGCAAAGAACUAUAAGGUGCAUCUUGAUGUAUCAUAACAUAGGAAAGUUAAGUGAAGUACCGGGCAUGGUAAAGGUGGUUGAUGCAAUAAUCCCAUACACUCAAAGACAUUUCGCAAGGGUGGAUAAUUUAGUCGAACAAAGUUACAUAUUAGAUUACGCAUUGGUGGAAAUGGACAAGCUUUUUUAA